UGUCUAUUUACUCAACCUCACCCAUUUCCUCUGUUCUACUUUCUAAAAAUCAAUAGUAAACCAAAAAAGAUAAAUAAAUCUAUAAAGUUUGUCUUUGUUUGAUACACCUGGUAGAUUCUCAAAUGAUCAGGUCUAUGACAUGUUUUACUCUCAUGUUUUUCUCUGUCCUACUUUGGAGGAACUAUCAAAACAAAAACACUAAAAACUAAGGGAAUUAUCAGAAACAUCUGCUUAUUUCUCAGGCUUCUGCUUGGUGACCUGCUUUCUGCUGGUAUAAAACACGGAGGAGAGCAGGUCCUCCAAGAUUGCAACAUAAACAUUUCAGGAUGAGGGGAUUUGCCGUUUUUCACAUUUUGCUCCUCUGUCAGUGUUGGACUUGGGCUCACAGCAAGGCGGACAAUGACGCUGCUCAAACUCUGGAUCAAGGUCUUCAGGUUGAGAUUCAAGGUGUUGAAACAAAUCAGGCCGAGAGCACCAAUCAGACCAACGGCACUGUGGACCUCUGGGCCGAGCUGAAGGAGCUCAGAGACAUGACCAUCGAACUAAAUACUGACCUGAAGCAUUACCUGAGCAGGAUAGAGAAGCUGGAGCAAGAAAAAUUAGACCUUGAAGUCAGAAUAAGCUCUGCCGAGAAGGAGAUGGAGGAAAUCAAGAGCGAGAAUGCAGAUCAACCAAAAGUGGCAUUCUCACUUGGCCUCACAAAUGCAGGGCGCCUUGGACCCUAUAAUACUGACAUCACACUGAGGUUUAGUAAAAUAUUAAAAAACUAUGGUCAAGCCUACAACCCAGACACAGGCGUCUUCACUGCCCCAGUCAGAGGAGCAUACUAUUUCAGAUUCACCUUCUGUGAGAUCAACAAUGCUCACUGGAUGGGUAUUCAUUUGUAUCAUAACAGCAAGAUAAUCAUGACUAAUUAUGACAGAAGUAACACCUACUAUGAAACCAUGUCUAACGGAGUGAUACUCGAGCUGGAACGAGGCGAUGUGGUUUACAUGGUUCUUCAGGCACCCUACACCGUCUAUGAUGACCACAGAAAUUACAGCACCUUCACUGGAUUUCUUCUUUUCCAGUUGUAAAGAUAGACAUCUUUUCUCUUCAACAAAUUCAUACAUAUGUUACAAAAGCUUAAUAAUAAAUAUGUUGGAAAACACAUGCAAAUUAAUUGAACUAACUUAAGAUUAUAAUUGAAAUUUACCUCACUUUCCUCAGUCAAAAUUCUGACUUGAAUUUAAAGAUUGAUUUUGUACUUUAGCACAUUGGACAUAUUUUUUAUUAUUAUUAUUUAGAUACUCAUUUAAAUAAAUGUAAGUGUUCAAUUUCAUUCAGCAAAUUAUAUUUUUGUGUUCUUGACUGUUGGUUAUAAAUUACAGAAUAAAUAUUGUAAGGUUACACUUAAAACUUAUCUUUCCAAAUUUAAUGAACAAAUCUAUAUUUAAAUCUGUAUCCAAGUGUUUUAUUGGUUAAAUUUCCUCUCUGUUGCUAAAUAUGUAUUUGAAUGUUUGGCCUGAAAUCUUGAAAACAGAAAAUAAGUUAG